GUUGCACACACAGAAUCCAUAGAGAUAACGUAAGUAAAGCCUUUCACCCAGAAUUGAUAUAUUCCGCGUAUUCCUGUGCUGUACUGAUACUUUCAUCCACAACCUCAUUCUCAUCGUCUUAUCAUCUCUCACCCUAGACACUCAUAAUAAACUCAUAUUCAGCCCCGCAUUUUACAGACUCGCCUUGCGCUGGAGUCAGCCCAACCCAUGGAAAGCUCCCGGGAACUAAACAAACGGUGCCGCUGCAUUGUCAGCCAAUCACAUCACCCCACACACGGAUCCGGUACGUACCCGCAAGACGAAAAAAAAGUAAGUUACUUAAGGUAGAUCGGCUUCAACCACGUGCAUUCAACGGUGACGUGACGCCGCGAUAGUCUCAACCUCCAAAUCACCAUGGGCAAGAAACGGAAGCUGUCGCAUCAGAAUGCGCCGAAUGCGCGUCAAAAGAAACUUCCCCAACAGAACAAAUCCGACCAGAAAAAACCGUCCAAUGGCCCCGCGAAGAAGGGCAAAGGCAAGCAACAGCGCCAGAGUGAUGAUACUCCAACGAUACCCUUCGAACCUCACCACCGUAUACUGCUUGUGGGCGAAGGUGAUUUGAGUUUUUCAGCAUCUAUAAUUCAGCAUCAUGGCUGCGCAAAUGUUACUGCUACGGUUCUGGAGAAGGAUGCCGAGGAAUUACUGUCCAAGUACCCCCACGUUGAGGACAACAUCGCCGUGAUUCGCGGCGAUGGUCCCAAGACCAACGAGGCCGACAAGGAAGACAAAGAGACAUCUACGAAAGUAGCAGAAGCAGGCGAAACUAGCCAAGGUAACCAGAACGAAAGCGAGGAAACCAAUGGCGAAAGCGACAGCGAGGAAGACGACUACUACGACUCAGACGACCCCAACGCACCACCAAGACCUAAGCGAAAACUCACUCCCAACAACAAACUCCUCUACAACAUCGACGCUACUAAGCUUCCAAAUUCACUCAUACGCUCUCGAUUCGACCGCAUCAUCUUCAAUUUCCCUCACGUCGGCGGAAAGUCCACUGAUGUAAAUCGCCAAGUUCGCCAUAACCAAUCCCUCCUCGUUUCCUUCUUCGAGCGCGCCAUUCCGGCGCUUGCCCCCAACGCUGCUAUCGUCAUCACACUAUUCGAGGGGGAGCCAUACACUCUCUGGAAUGUUCGAGAUCUGGCUCGUCAUGCUGGUCUGCAAGUUGAGCGCAGCUUUCGCUUCCAGGCCCGCGCAUACCCCGGGUAUAAGCAUGCGCGAACGCUAGGUGUCGUGAGGAACUCGAAGGGUGAAGUGAGCGAGAGUGGAUGGAGGGGCGAGGAGAGGGCAUCGAGGAGCUUUGUGUUCAAAAGAAAGGAAGAUAUUGCUCCGGUGGUCGGAAAGAAGAGGCGAAAGGGCGAUGAUUCCUCUGAUGAUGAAGAUUGAGAUGGUAUAACACGGAUAGAAACAGCAUAAUUGGCGUCUGGUGUUCUAUGUCAGCAAAUUUAGAAAUGCUGAGAAACAUGAUUGAGUUCCGACAACGUGGGAUUUCAUUUAAGUCGGCAUAUUGCCAGGGGUAUCUCAACUCCAAGCUUUCCGUGUUUAUUUCCCAAGCGGAUGUUCCUGUACUAGAUGACUGACUUGAUUUCCUGCGCCUGAACGCCAAUAAUCGACCCAUCAUGAAGCACGACUCUCAGAAACACCAGAACGGUAUGAUAUUAAUAUCAGGGAUCAAG